UAACACAAAAUAAACUGAAAAAACAAGAAAAUGGCGCUACAUAUCCACUCACCUUCUUAUCUCAUCAACAAAAAAUCCAAUCAUCAUCCUCUUCUAUACUCUCCACCCAAAUUCAAAUUCACAGUCCAAUCCCAAACCCCCACUCCUGACCCGGAACCCGGCAGCGCUUCACCAGCAACAGAGAAACCCACUCCGCCUGGGCUAGGUUUUGGCCCAUCAACUACUAAUAAUCCAGCUUCAGUUUCAAGUAAGAAGAAGAAACAGAAGGGUAAAAGAGAGAGAGCGUCCAUAAUUAGACGGACACCUCUUGAGAAACCAACGUUUGCUAGCCAAGAGAUUGGUGAGGAUAAAGCUAAUGAGCAGAGUAGAAAUGAAAGCGCGUUUCUUCUUGCUUGGUUAGGUCUUGGCGGUAUUAUUCUUAUUCAGGGCCUUGUGCUUGCUGCAUCAGGCUUGCUACCUGAUGAAUGGGACAGGUUUUUUGUGAAGUAUUUAUACCCAUCUUUCACACCAACAGUCGGCUUGUUUGUCGCUGGAACUGUUGCAUAUGGAGUGAUCAAGUACCUGCAGAACGAGCAACUUAAAGACCAAAAAUAGAAGUUUGCAAAUGUAAAUUAUUGUUUCUUGUUGCACUAGGAGUAAUUCUUACUUAUAAUUGGGUGAUAGUUUCAUACUGUUUCUUAGGCAAUAUUUUGACAUACUAUUAGUGAAAUAUAUUAUAAAUUUUUCCUGCAAAA